AUGUCGAACCCCGCGUACUUGUACGAGACGCCGCUGGAAACGCGCGUCCACACUGUGAAGGACGUCAAGGCUGACGCCUUCAUCGCCUUGUACGCGAACCACCUGAAGAAGCGUGGCAGAUUUCAGCUCCCCAAAUGGAUCGACUACGUUAAAACCGCACAUGCUAAGGAGCUUGCGCCGUAUGACCCGGACUGGCUCUACAUUCGGGCAGCGGCAAUUCUUCGACACUUGUACAUCCGCCCAGACUGCGGAGUUGGUGGAUUCCGAAAGGUCUUCAGCUGCAGACAGAGACGGGGAGUGAGACCCAACCACACGUCGAAGGCCGGUGGCAAGAUUAUUCGCUACAUUCUUCAGCAAUUCGAAGAGAUGGGCCUCGUCGAGAGCGACCCCGAAAAGCCAGGGAGGCGUUUGACGAAGAACGGUCAGAGGGAACUGGAUGUUAUUGCUCGUCAGUGUGCCAAGCCAGCUGUGGCAUCUGACUAA